AUGUUUUUUGCUGAUAUUGGCCUUGAAAGAAAUCUAGAAAAAUCUGCCACCAAUUGUACAACUCUUGCUAAUAAAGAGACUAUACUGGACGGAAUUGACGGAUACCAAUAUUUGGGAGUCUUAGAGAACAAGUCAAAUAAAAUCAUGAAGAAUGAGAUGAUUGAAAAAAUAAGUGCAGAGAUCAAAGCACGUAUAAAGAGACUAACAAGCACGAAACUGAAUGCUGUUAAUCUCUUUAAAGCCUUAAACGAGCACGCUUUGUCUCUUUACAAUUAUUACAUUGGAUUGAUAGACAUAGAACCUGAUGACUUUGAAGUAAUUGACAGAGAAAUUCGUCUACAACUUAAUUCAUAUCACAUACACUUGAGACCUGCAAAUUGUCAGAGGCUAUAUCUCCCUCGUACAUACCUUGGGAGAGGAUUGGAAUCAAUAUCGAUGAAGAGCGAAAGAAUGUUACUGGAAUUCUAUACUGACAUAAAAAGAAAAUCGGUAUGCUGUCUGUCUGAAAAAGGCUGGUAA